CGCCCCCCGCCCCCGGCGACUGCGGAGAAUGAGCGCCUCGGGCCGCGGAGCGCAGCCGGAGAAUAAACCCUGAUGAUCUCGGGCUGAUCUCGUGCCCGCGACUAUGUCGGUGGCCUUCGCGUCCGCCCGGCCGAGAGGCAAAGGGGAGGUCACACAGCAAACCAUCCAGAAGAUGCUGGACGAGAACCACCACCUGAUCCAGUGCAUCCUGGACUACCAGAGCAAGGGCAAGGCUGCCGAGUGCACCCAGUACCAGCAGAUUCUGCACCGGAACCUGGUCUACCUGGCCACGAUCGCAGACUCCAACCAGAACAUGCAGUCCCUGCUGCCCGCCCCGCCCACCCAGAGCAUGACGCUGGGCCCCGGAGGGCUGUCCCAGAGUGGCUCCAGCCAGGGCCUGCACUCCCAGGGAAGCCUCAGUGAUGCCAUCGGCGCGGGCCUGCCGCCGUCCUCCCUCAUGCAGGCCCAGAUCGGCAACGGCCCAAACCACGUGUCCAUGCAGCAGACGGCGCAGAGCACGCUGCCCACGACCUCCAUGAGCAUGUCCGGCAGCAGCCACGGCUCAGGGCCCGGCUACAGCCACUCCGGCCCGGCCUCGCAGAGCGUGCCUCUGCAGGGCCAGGGCACCAUCAGCAACUACGUGUCUCGGGCCAACAUCAACAUGCAGUCCAACCCAGUGUCCAUGAUGCACCAGCAGGCGGCCUCGUCCCACUACGGCUCGGCCCAGGGCGGGAGCCAGCACUACCAGGGCCAGUCCAUGGCCAUGAUGGGCCCGAGCGGGCAGGGGAGCAGCAUGAUGGGGCAGCGGCCCCUGGCGCCCUACCGGCCCUCCCAGCAAGGCUCAUCGCAGCAGUACCUCGGCCAGGAAGAGUACUACGGUGGCGAGCAGUACGGCCACGGCCAGGCCGCCUCGGAGCCCGUGAGCCAGCCGUACUACCCCGACGGACACGGCGAUUACGCCUACCAGCAGUCGUCCUACCCGGAGCAGAGCUACGACCGGCCGUUUGAGGAGCCCACGCAGCACUACUACGAGGGCGGAAACUCCCAGUACAGCCAGCAGCAGGCGGGGUACCAGCAGGGCACGGCGCAGCAGCAGACGUACUCCCAGCAGCAGUACCCCAACCAGCAGGGCUACCCCGGGCAGCAGCAAGGCUACGGUGAGGGGCGCUCGGCCCCCAGCCCCUACUCCGGCUACCAGCAGGGGCAGGGCCAGCAGUACCGGGAGCUACAGAGCGGCCCCAGACCCGGCCCGGCCGCCCCGCAGCAGCGGCCCUACGGCUACGAGCAGGGCCAGUACGGAAAUUACCAGCAGUAAGGGACAGCGUUCUUGUGGAGUCUCGCGAUGGCAUGUCCAUCUGGGGAUGGACAGGCUGGGGACAGUUCUAAUGAACUGCGACCCAUGGGUUGCACCUCCGUCCCACGCAGCGUCUGCAUGUGAAACGUGCACACCUCCUGCUGGGCAUGACAAUGAGCAUGCACCUCUGGUGCAAGACGGCGCGCUGAUGGUGUGACGUAUUUGGUGCUGUGUAUAGUGUUGUGCGUCUGUACAACGGGGAGCUGGUCCCUUUUGUCCCCCACCCCUGCCCCAGUGUUUCUAGCUAGCUUUAGGGGUCCUUUUGUCAUCACAGUGUUCUGUGCCCAGGCAUGGGACACCUACAAGAUGCCAUAGUCCUCGUACUCACAUACACAGACCUGAGGUCUGAUUCUUCCUCACGCACUUGUGCUGUGUGUAAAGCUGUCCUUCACUGGUCACACUGCAGCUAGACACGUGCGCACGGCCCCGGGUGGCAGCCUCUUCCUGUGCCUCGAUGGGGCAGGGGGACGGGGCAGGAGGCAUCUUCUGUGCUUUGGGUCAGUUUCUGUUACACAGUGGAAAGGAUGAACGUGCUUCAUUCGGGGAGGCUGUGAACCGUUGUUUCCAGAGCUCACCCGUCACCUGUCUCUCACCAAUUCUGUGUAUCCAAAAAGUUACAUGUUUUUGUAUUAAAAGGUAAAGAGGGAUCAGUGACUGUUUCCCAAGUAAAUACGAACGUUCUAUCAGCCUAACCCAGGGAGAGUGGAAUAGCUGAAGGGAGGAGAGGGUAGUUCUCUGAAAUCACUUCGGCUUUGGAUCUUGUUUAUCUAACGGUCAUUUCUGGGAUUUUAAUAUUUAACAUGCCCAAUUCUAAAUUUAUAAUUUAAAGUACUGAUACCAAAUUUUCCAAACAGUCGGCAUGUUGUUUAUUUUAUACUGUUUCUUCCAGGACCUACUUACUCAGAUCAUCGAGCAGGCAUUCCCUUUAGGGAUAUCUGAAAUUCACAUCUCACUUUGAAAAGGAACACCACUGAUUUUAUUGUGUUCUUAUAUUCCUAGGACAUUAAAUCCCAUUUAAAUCCUGUGCAGACAUUAAAGACAGCUCAUGUGGAAAAGUCAGUUCAAAGGAAAAAUUCUACAUUUCACUAAUAAGUCAUGUGGACAUUUUAUCAACCUUUACUAGUUGAUAAUACCCAUAUUUACUGUGAAUCAUUUAAAAACAUCUUUGGCUAAAUGCUGACUUAUUUCCAAUACAACCAGGAAAAUACAAAAAUAUCAAGUUCUUGAUUUGUCAGGUCUACUGAAGAUGUUUUCAACUGUUAAGUUUUCUGUUUUAAGAGUUUAAAGUAGUUCUUUAUCCGGAUUUGAAUGCUUUUUGCUGGGACAAACCUUGACAGUCCAUGCUGGGAAAUAGGGACACAAUGACUGUUGCUGUUUUACAAAUAAAGAAUCACGGCUCAGAAAAAAGACAGUCCCUGUCGGGUACAAGUCCUGUUCUAGGACAUUCUCCCUCUUCUGUGGAGACAGAAUCACACGUACAUCGGGAUGGAAGUGUUAAUUUUGUAGACAUAUGGGUUUUAGAAACCCUUAACACUGGUAAGGGCUUACAAAUACGUGUCUGUAUUAAAUGACUGAAAUGAGAAUUCUUAGCCACUGAGCGACACAGACACUAGCAGUUUCAUUUAGGGAGUCACCUCCCUUGAUUUGGUUCUAUUCUUUCCUGAGAGUUUUCAUAAAACUAAUUUGCAAACCCAAUCGGGGAUUCAACUUUCCCUGUUGAAAAUGUUAAACAUUUCAGAUAACUGUGAAAAUAGUUAAUUUUUGUUCCUUGCCAAUGUGGAACAUGCCUUUUAUGUUUUUUUCUUUGUAAGUGCUGUAUUAAUACUUUUGGAAGGAAAAGGACACUUAAAAAACUUAUCCCAGAACUUCAAUCUGAAAUGUCUUACAUUAAGAAAUUUCUUGAAUGUUGUGUAUAUAUUUUAAAAAGCACUUUGUGAAAUAGUUUGUACAUUUAUUUCUUAAUUUAUACAUGAUUUUGGGUGUUAAUAUAUUUAAUGAUUAAUAACAGAAUGUUUAUUUAAUGUGUUGUCCAUUUUUAUGUAAUAUCGUGGGGAAAGGUGAUGCCAGCAGUUCUUUUUCAUUAAUUGUAUUAUAUCUUCUCUUCUGUAACAUGAAUGUUUGCAAAAGCUUAGGCUAAAAUGAAUUGUUUGUGCAGCGUG